AUGGCGGUCGACGAGGAAAGGUCGAGGAAGAGGAGAAAGGUAGACAGCAGCACCUCUGCCCCGGCCAUCUCUUUCGGGAGCGCCGACGAACUACACAGUCUCCUUCGACCCUCGCAGAGUCGCUCUCCUCAGACGGUAGCAGCCAUCGACCGGUUCAAGAACUUUCUGUCCACCAUCUCGGAGCAGCACAAUGGGCCUGCCCAGGCCGGCCAGGUGCAGAUUCUGAAGGAAUAUUGCGACCAGCAAUUCUCUGCCUCCCAUGACCAGGUCGACUUCCCGGACCUGCUGUCGACAUGGUCUUCUGCAAGCCAGUCUAGUGACGAAGCCAUCCUGUCAGCUAUUCCAUCAGCCCUAGUGCAAUUCUUCCAAACAAUCUCUCACCGGCUGGAGUUCCGGGAGUUUGGCCUUUCCUUGUGUCACAGCUUGUUAAAACGGGACCAGCUACGCAUCCUCGACAAGUCCCUUUCACUCCCUCGCUCCAAGGAGCACAUUCUCAUACCGUGUCUACAGCUUUUGACCGACAUCAUCAGCUUCGAUGGGGGCGCACUUGCCAGCAAUGUCUUUGGCCGGCGAGACUACCUCUACCGGCGACUCGACGGCCUCCUCACCCAGCUUCCGUCCGAAGUCUCGGAAAGAUCAACUUCUACCGUACAUGAAGCCGCUCUGGAGUUUCUUCUAGCCAACUUGAAGUAUCUAGACUCCGCGGCAAAGACCGAGCUCAUCACCCAUGGAAGGACGUUAUAUUCUGCCGUUCGGAGCCUCCCGAGCCAGAAUGCCCAUCUUGUCAUCGACACUCUGAACGCUCUGGAGAGAUCGGUGCUGGACGACGAGGGCCUUGCGAAACAGAUCAAGAGUCGCUGUUUUAAUUCCGGGUUCCUGUCCGCGUUGGCUAAGCUCUACGAUCAUUCGGUUGAAUCUUCAUCUGCCGAAGACGGAGCUGGUCUCUCUACCAGUGUUCGAGAUGCUUUACACCGGCUGUUGCUCCAAGUAUGCACGACCACGAAGGCCGUUCUUGCCCCUCAGUCAGGUUGGUACCCUCCAGGGACCAACCCCGAAAUCAUCCACGUGGAUGAGAACAUGGUUGACUUGGGGCUCGACUCACCUUACUAUUUCGACGACUUCGCAGACAAGGUGCAGGUGCCGGUGAAAAACCACGCAUUGUCAAUCUUCCUUCAGACACUCAAGCCCGAGGGUGACAUUCUACAAGCCAACCUCAUCACCUCGAUCUUCGGAGCCGCUCCAGAGCUUGUGGCCGACUAUUUCUCGAAAAAGCAAAAGUUCCUCGUCCCCCCUGGGGAUGAUCCCUUGUGGCGAGGCCAGUUUGCAUUUCUCUUUUCGGUCGUUCAGCUACCUGUGCCGCCGAAAUCUGGCUGGCCAGGGAGAACUCUGCUAACACCUCCGCCACUUUCGAUCGUUAUUGAAAGCAUUCUCCCAAGACCCUUGGACCGCAGCACUUUAACCAAAAGCCUACAGACCAGGGACGAUAUCAUCAUGGUGUCGGCCGCGAGGAUACUGACGGUGGCUCUUGAGAAGCUUGAUUCGGUUCUGGAGGGCUUCGAGAGUGGCCCUUCCCUCACUUCGCUAUGGCUUCAAUCUUCCACUAGGCUGAUGAACCUCUUGAUUGACCGGAUUCCACCCCUGCAGGACCUUAUUACUGCGCUUCAAACUCUCGACAAAGACAAUGAGCAAGUGCGCACGGCCAUGCUCGAAUGCAUAGCAACCUACCACAAGGUCUUGCCUUCAACAACCGCGGCCUCAAAGUUCGACAUCGGGCCAACUCUGAGCAAGGUGCUCCAGAGGCUUGAGUCCGAGAGCCUCGACCAGGAAAGUAGAAACAUACUCGAUGAGGAGGUGCCUCACCUAGUGCAGAUUGCCGACUUGUCACUGGCCACUAAGUGGUUUCACAAGACCACUUCUAACCCGGUCUCGCUGGUUGUGCAAUUGCUGAGGUACUGCGCCCAGUGGCCCGACAAUGCCGUCACCAAGCAAUUUCUACCUGUUGUUCGGACGAUUCUGGGCGGGAGAGGGGUCCUGAAUCCUAACACAGCCUCGUUCCAAGCAUUGCUCCUGAGUCUCACCUCAACCAAGAAGUGGCACCCCGAGCUUGGAACGUAUCAGUUCCUCGACAAUUGCAUCACACGUACGAUGCAACGACCCGUCAAAUACCUCGAUCGCCUCGAGCAGAUGCAAGCGCUACUGUCGGAUACAAAGGACCUGAGUCUGGCUGCCUGUUGUAUCGCGGAGCAGUGGUCCUUUGUGCUUCAGAAAGAGGACAAAAAGACUACCAAGAACGUUGCGGAAUGGAUAGGCAAGUUCUUUUCGGCCCUGGAUGCCGCUGGCGAGAAUUGGCGUGUCCUCAACCAUCUACGAGAGGAGAUGAAGAGCCAAGCCAGUGAGAACGAGAAAGCGAUAGGGGCACUUGAAAAGUCUUUCGAAAAGCAACGCAAGAAGCCUAUCGUGCUACCCACCCCAUCGCUUUCCGAUGCCUCGGAAACAACAGAGCCGUCAGAGUCCGGACCGAUCAGCAUCAAGACUCGCUCGGCUGAUGAAGCCACAGCAACGGCAGACCGGGGAAGUCAGGGGCUGGACUUGGCCUUGGACCUGGACAAAGCCUUCGCCCCGCCACCACCGAUACCGACUUCACUUCACGGCCUAGACCGCUGGGCGAGACCAGACUUUGAAUCCGAGAUCAAAUCCAGCCGGCUGGCCAGCCUUCUACGGUGCUCGAUCUCGCCGGACGUGGAAAUCCGGGUGCAAGCCUUCCACACGCUCCAGACAGUGGUGCACGCGGUGGAGCAAUCUACCUUCACCGAAAAGACGCAACUGUACCUCCUUCUCGGCGAGGUAUGUGAGACUCUCCGCUCGCAUUCGCUGCACCAUUCUUCAGCCUCAUCGGCCUCGGCUCCAGCUCCAGCUCCACCGUCGAUGGUUGCCGAAUUGGCCGUGCACAUACUUCCCGUGCUCGCAGACGCGUCGUCCCCAUUCUACCGCAAAACCAACCGGUUCCUGCUCCGCGCGCCCAGCUGGGCCAUCUCUUCACUCCUGCCGUACUGGCUGGCGACGACGUUCCUCAGCGAGCCGGAGAGCGACGACACGGACGUCGGCGGGGUCAACGCACAGGGCCUCGAGAUUGAGCGGUUCUUGGAUCUGCUAGCCAACUCGCUCCGCACCGAAACCGACCUGGACCUCUUCCGGCGCGCCCACGUCUUCACCCGCUUGUUCGCCUACUUCCUAGCCCCCGUGUGUUCGAAGCCGGCGCGGAAGAAGAUCUUGCGCAUCGUCCACAUCGCCGCCACCAUCCCGGGAGGAAGUGACACGCUCAUCACCCGCGCCGCCGUGCGCGACUGGCUGGCCGUUGCGCGGACCCUGCGCGACCACAGCGGCCACGGCGCAGCCACCUUCGGCCAAGUCGACCCCGAACUGCGUGCCUUGGUGGAUGCAGUCGCCAGCGAGAUCCGGCGGACCUGUGAUGCCGACGGUAUCGCCCGGUGGGAGGACCAGAGGCCGGUGUUCAAGGCCGCGCACGAACAACAACAACAACAACAACAACAACAACAACAACAACAGCCUAAGCCUCAGCCUUCCUCCAGAAGUUAG